GUAACACUGCACUGUGUAACCGGGGAAUUACCGUUUUUCGUUUACAUGCGAGUAUGGACUCGGGGAUUUCAUUCGUAUAACAUUAAGUUUUGCAAGAUCACCGAAGGUUACGUAUUUAAUUUUCACCAUCAACCAAGUUAGUGUUUAAUUUUUAUUGUGCUAUUGUUACUGUUGUGUUACUGUUGAAAUGGCACCUAGGAAAAAACUUCUUAGUUUGGGUGAAAAAAUGGAAGUUAUCAAUACUUCUGAAAAGGAAAAUUUGUCAGUCAGGAAGCUCGCCGAAAAAUUCAGCAUAGGAAAGACACAAGCCGCUGAAAUCAUCAAGAAUAAAAACAAUAUUCGUUUAGUGAAAGCUAAAGCUCAGGAAAUAGCAGAGAAAUCAAAUGUGGCGAACUUUCGGGCGUCUAAUGGUUGGCUGGAAAAAUGGCGUAAGAGACAUGCCAUAAGUUUUAAGUGUAUUUCCGGAGAAUCAGCAGAUGUCAGUCAAGAAGACGUCAAUCAGUUCAAAAUUAAAUUGCCAUCGCUACUUCUUGGGUAUCGACCAGAAGAUGUGUACAACGCCGAUGAAACUGGCCUUUUCUUCCGAGCCUUACCGGAAAAAACCCUUGCCUUUAGAUCUGAAAAAUGUAUUGGUGGAAAGCUUUCCAAGGAAAGGCUAACAAUUUUAUUUUGUGCUAAUAUGGCAGGACAAAAAGAAGAUAUGUUGGUGAUUGGAAAGGCGGCCCGGCCUAGGGCAUUCAAAAAUGUACCAAUGAAAGAUUUACCGGUUAUGUGGAAGUUUAACAAAAAAGCAUGGAUGACACAAGACAUUAUGAGUGAAUGGUUGCUCAAAUUUGAUUUAAAAAUGAGGAAACAAAAGCGAAAAAUUUUGUUAUUUUUGGAUAACGCAGGGUCCCACCCACGUGAGGUGAAGCUACAAAAUAUAAAAGUUAUCUUUCUACCUCCUAAUACUACAUCAAUGUGUCAACCUCUGGAUCAGGGUAUCAUACAAAAUUUCAAAUUCUUUUAUCGAGGCUCAAUAUUGAAGCACAUAUUAUCAAAAAUGGAUCAAGUAAAAUCUGCUUCAGAGUUAGCAAAGUCCAUAAAUGUUUUAGAAGCCCUUUAUUACAUGAAAACAGCCUGGAAUAAAGUUUCGUCAGCAACAAUACAAAAUUGUUUCAGAAAAGCUGGUUUUCACAAAAGUAAUGGCGAUACUGCAUCAGUUGAAUGGGAUUCAGAAGAUUAUCUUCCUUUAUCUACGAUUGCUCAGAUAGAAGGGUGUGCCAAAGAAAUGCAAAUUUCUCAAGAAAAUCUUGAAAGUUAUGUUGGCAUCGACGAUAUUACAGCAACGGAAGAAAUGACUUUCAACCUUGACGAGGCGAUUGAAAAUAUGAUUGACCAGCAAAAUUCACCAGAUGAAAAAGAAGACAGCGAUCUCGAGCUUGAUACUGUUGAAAACAAUAAUAACACUAUUACUUCAUGUAGUCAGGCUUUGAAGGUGAUCAAUGAUUUAAAAAUCUUCGCAAAUGACGACUACAUUGCCUUUCAACAUUUAAAAAAUUUGGAAGAUCAUUAUCAAUCCAAAAUUUUUAAGCAAAAAAUGCAAAAUAUGCGGCAAUCGAGCAUUUUAGAAUUCAUAAAUAAGUAAAUUAUAUACAAAAUAUGUAUGAACAAUAUGUAUGCAUUCAUAAUUCUAAUAAAUGUUUGUGUUAAAAUUUCUUACUCUUUUACACACCCAUUAAGGAUGACAACUCUAAUAAGCGGACACCUCUAAUAACCGGACAAAAUAUGCGGAACCGUGAGUGUCCGCUUA